AUGGCUUCACCAAAAACUGACAGCGCAGGCGGCAGCCCUCGCGAUGGCGUAACCAAGCAGAAUAUCUCAGCCGGCAGUUCUCCUGCUGGAGAUCCCAUUAUCGCACAGGAUGAAAAUGAAGGAGAUGCCACCGACUCAGCAUUUGGAGAUGAUGCAGAAAGUUCGACAGCGUCCAUCUCAUCGAGCAUCCUCGAAUACCGUAAAUUUCAAGGACGAACCUUUCACAGCGAGAGGUAUAAUACGGAGUACUUUACACCGAACGAUGAGCAGCAGAGAGAUUCAAUUGAUAUCACGCACCAUGUUCUAACGCUGCUCCUUGAUGGAAAGUUGACACUUGUCCCUUUGAAAGAUGAUAUUCAGGUUGGUGGUCCCUCUGGUAUCGAAUCGUCUCCGGAGGCACUGACAAACGAAAGCGAGUUCUUGACGUCGGCACUGGAACUGGAAUCUGGGCAAUGUACUCACCUCUCAAACUCCCUGGGAGGAUACUCAUCCGAUACUAACUGGUGCAGUGACUUUGCCGAUGAGCACCCUAACGUCGAGGUCAUCGGAACAGACCUCUCUCCCAUCCAACCAAGCUGGGUCCCACCAAACGUAAAGUUCGAGCUUGAAGACGCGACAAAAGACUGGAGCUGGCCUGAGAAUCACUUCGAUCUCGUGCAUGUCCGUUUUCUCAUGGGUGCGAUAGUAGACUGGGGAACCCUGUUUAAAGAAGCUACUCAUUGUUGUAAACCAGGUGGCUUUGUUGAGUCUGGGGAGAUCAACCCAACUUUCUACUCAGAUGAUGGUAGCAUCGACGACGUGGAGGCUCUACAGACCUGGAAUCGAUUGGUGAUUGAGAGUGGUAAGGGCUUUGGAAGAAGUUUUACUAAUAUCGAGAACGACGUUCAGCUAUUUCGUGAUGCUGGUUUGGUAGACGUGCAGAGCUUUGACUUCAAGGUCCCCAUCGGUGGAUGGCCCAAAGACGAGAAAAUGAGAAAGGUUGGCCAAUUCCUCCGCGCUUCCAUAGAGAAUGACCUCGAAGGAUAUACGAUGAUGGUUUGGCACCAGAUCAUGAACUGGCCCGAAGAUGAAUAUCAGGUAUUCUUGAUGAACAUGAGAAAGGCGUUCAAGGAUAAGAGAAUUCAUGGAUACAUGCGCGUUCGAUAUGUUCAUGGUCGAAAGCCAGAUGCGGAGAAAUAG